GGAGGCUUCCGCCGUUCUUCAGCUCCGGAGUGGCUGCGGCCCGAAGGCCUGGGCGCUGGGCGCUGCGCGGCCUCGGGAGGAAGCCGGGAAAUGGACUCACUGGUCUUUGAGGAUGUGGUUGUGAACUUUAGCCAAGAGGAGUGGUCUCUACUGGAUGCUUCCCAGAAGAAACUAUACAGAGAUGUGAUGCAGGAAACAUUUACUAACUUGGCUUCUAUAGGGGAAAAUUGGGAAGAUGUAAACAUUGAAGAAUACCAUAAAGCCCAGGGAAUAAAUCUAAGAGAGAGAUCCUGUGAAAGGAAAGAAAGUCAGUGUGGGGAAACCUUUAGCCAGGUGUCAGCUCUUGAACAGAACAAGAAAACUCUUCCUGGAGCAAAACCCCAUGAGUGCAGUGUGUGUGGAAAAGUGUACAUGUGUCACUCAUCUCUUAAAAGGCACAUGAAAUGUCAUACUGAUUGCAAACCAUAUCGGUGUCACAAAUAUGGAGAAAAGUCACAUGAAUGUAAGGAAUGUGGGAAAACAUUCAACCUGCAAAGUUCAUUUCGAGUACAUGAAAGGACUCACACUGGAGAGAAGCCCUAUGAGUCUAAGAAAUGUGGGAAAGCUUUUAAUCUGCCCAGUUCCUUUCAGAUACAUGAAAGAACACACUCUGGAGAGAAGCCCUAUGAAUGUAAACAGUGUGGCAGAGCUUUCACAUAUUACCAGACUUUUCAAAUACAUGAAAGGACUCACACUGGAGAAAAACCGUAUCAGUGUAAGCAAUGUGGGAAAGCCCUCAGUAGUCCUGCAUCCUUACGAAGACAUGAAUGGACGCAUACUGGAGAAAAACCGUAUCAAUGUAAGCAGUGUGGAAAAUCCUUCAGUCGUCUCACAUCUUUACAAAAUCAUGAAAGGAUUCACACUGGAGAAAAACCAUACAAAUGUAGAAAAUGUGGCAAAGCCUUCAGUUUUUUAAGUUCCUUUCACACACAUGAAAGAAUUCAUGCAGGACAGAAACCUUAUCAUUGUAAUGAAUGUGGGAAAGCUUUCAUUUUUCGUCCAAGCUUUCGAAGACACAUGAUGAUGCACACUGGAAAUGGGCCUUAUAAAUGUAAGGAAUGUGGAAAAGCUUUUGAUUGCCCCAGUUCAUUUCAAAUUCAUGAGAGAACACACACUGGAGAGAAGCCCUAUGUAUGUAAACAGUGUGGUAAGGCCUUCAGUUGUUGCAGUUCCUUUCAAAUGCACAAAAGGAUCCAUACUGGUGAGAAACCCCAUGAAUGUAAACAGUGUGGUAAAGUCUUCACUCGGUCCAGUUCUGUGCGAAUACAUGAAAGGAUUCAUACUGGAGAGAAGCCCUAUGAGUGCAAACAGUGUGAUAAAUCUUUCAGUUACUCUAGUUCCCUUCGAAUGCAUGAAAGAACUCACACUGGAGAGAAACCAUAUGAAUGUAAGCAAUGUGGUAAGGCCUUCAGUUGUUCCAGUUCUAUUCGAAAACAUGAAAGGACACACUAUGGUGAAAAACAGUACAAAUGUAAACAAUGUGGUAAAGCCUUCAGUUGUUCCAGUUCCUAUCAAGUGCAUGAAAGGACUCAUAGUGGAGAGAAGCCCCAUGAAUGUCAGCAAUGUCAUAAAACUUUCAGUUGCUCCUGUUCCUUUCAGAUCUGUGAAAGAACUCACACUGGAGAGAAACUCUAUGAAUGGCAGCAGUUGGUAAAGCAUUCAAAUGUUUCUGUUCCUUUUGACUACAUGGAAGAACUCAUGAUGUACAAUAAUCCUUUGAAUAGAAACCAUAUAGUAAAAUUUUCAGUUGUCCCAUUGCCCUUUGAAGAUAAGAACUCUUCCUGAGAGAAACAUCAUGCACAUAAAUUGUGGAAAAAUGUUCAGUGAUCUGGUUAUGAACACCAAAAAGCAUUCAUACUAGAGUGGAACCCUGUGCCUGUAAAUGGUGGGAAAGCUUUCAAUGGUCAUACAAUGUCUUGAGAUCACUUAAUAUAGAAGAAAACUAUAUGUAAAGAAUGUGGAGAAGCCUUCAGUUGUUUGGUUUAUCUGGAACCCACCAGCAGUCUGAGUGGAUAGAAAUUUGAGGGGUAUAAGUAUCUUGUGAAAAUGUCCAAUGUUCAUAUUCUUUUUAAAAAUUACUUAUUUGCAGAUACAGACAA